AAAAACAUUGUAAUUUGUGAUAAACAAAAAGAAAAUAUGGCUUUGGUAUUAGCUCGAGCUAUUUCAAUUCCAGUUAUUCGCAGAACACUGAGACACAUUGUCUAUAGUCAUCAUUUUUUAAAAUGUCAACAAAAACAAGUUGGUGAAAAAGAAUCAUUACCAAAAAUUCAAACUCGUUUUUAUGCUGAAGAAAGAGAACAUAUUGGUGAAAAACCUCAUUGUAAUAUUGGUACAAUAGGUCAUGCUAAUCAUGGAAAGUCAACACUAACAGCAGCAAUAACAAAAAUAUUAUCUAAAAAUGGUUUAGCAACAUCAAAAAGUUAUAAUGCAGCAGAAGAGAAUUCAGUUGGCAUAAAAAUAAAUGUUACUCAAGUUGAAUAUGAAACAGACAAUCGUCAUUAUACACAUACUGAUUAUCCAAAAAAUGUUGAUUAUAUUAAAAAUAUGAUUAUUGGCACAGAACAAAUUGAUGGUGCAAUACUUGUUGUUGCUGCAAAUGAAGGUAUUAUGUCACAAACACGUAAACAUUUAAUAUUAUCAAAACAAAUUGGAGUUGAACAUAUUAUUGUUUUUAUAAAUAAAGUUGAUGUUGCUAAUAUUGAAGGAAUUAAAUUUGUUGAAAUGGAAAUACGCAAACUGUUAUCUGAAAUGGGUUUUAAUAGUAAUAAAACACCAAUUGUUAAAGGCAGUGCAUUAUGUGCACUUAAAGGUAAAAAUAAUGAAAUUGGGUAUCGUGCUAUAAUAAAACUAUUAAGUGAACUGGAUAAUUUUAUACCAACACCAGUUAGAGAUUUAGACAAACCAUUUCUAAUGCCAGUUGAAGGUGCAUAUUCAUCAUCUGGACAUGAUACUGUUGUCAUUGGAAAAUUAAAACGUGGAAUUAUUAAAAAAGGAAUGACUUGUGAAUUUGUUGGUAUUAAUAAAACAUUUACCAGUGUGAUAACUGGUUUUAAUAUGUUUCCUACAACAUUAAAUGAGGCACAUGCUGGUGAUCAAGUUGGUGUCCUCAUUAGUGGGGUUAAAAAAGAUCAAGUAAGAGGAAUGGUUAUGUGUGAACCAGGUAGUAUAACAACACAUGACCAUAUUGAAGCACAAGUCUAUAUUCACACAUCUGAGGAAGGAGGUAAAAACAGAGCUUUAUCCAAUUUUAUACGAUUACAAAUGUUCUGUAAAUCAUGGGAUUGUUGUGUUGAAAUUAAUAUUCCAAAAGAACAAUUGGCUAUGCCUGGUGAAGAUGUUACAAUGCAAUUGAAAUUAUUGAGGCCAAUGGUUUUAGAAAAAGGAGAGCGUUUUACUCUUCGUGAUGCUUCAACAACACUUGGUACUGGUGUCAUAUCAAGUGUUUUAAAAAAUCUUAAUAAACAACAAAGAUCAAAUCUCUUAGAAAUAAAAGAAAAUGAUAAGAAAAAAGGGGAAAACUCAAGUUUCUGGAAAAAAAUUUUUUCAGAAUUAAAUCGUUCAAAAAGAUUCUGGUGGGAGGUUUUGGGUUUAAUUGUAACAGGCACUUUUGGAUGGCUUUGUUACAAGAUAAAGCUUUCCCAGCAUGAAAAGAAACUUCCAAAAGAAAUUGAUCAACUUGAUUUAUUAAAUACAAAAUUACGCAAAGAAUUGAAUGAAAAAGAUGAGGAAAGAAUGAGAGAAUUGAAAGAAAAGCUCAUAAAAGUUCUAGACUUAAUCAUCAUUUAUAUGGAAAAAAAAUAAGAUUAACCAGUUGAUAAAUUAACAUUUUUCUAAAUAACCUAUUAAAAAAUCAA